AACGGAAAACCCACCAAGAGGAUAAGGACAUUCAAGUCAUUUCAUCCAAAAGAAACAGAAUAUAAGAAGCACCAAGCAACCCAUCUCUGCCACAUAACACAAAACCCAUGCUUUCCAUUUCCAGCUGUGGAGAAAAGCACUUUGCCUCCCUCCACAUGGCCCUUCCUAAACCAAACCACAGUUAAACCCAACCAAAACCCCCCUUCCUUAACCGUAGUUAACUCCCCAAAACCCAUCUCUUUUAACUCAUAAAACUCUCAUCUCUCACUCACUCACUCAAACCAAAAAUGGCCUCACUGAGCAGAGCUCUCUUCCUCCUCUCUCUCUUGGCCCUCACCGCCACAAUCUCAUCAGCCCACAACAUCACUGAAAUUCUCUCCGCCUUCCCAGACUACAGCCAAUACAACAGCUUCUUGACCCAAACAAGGCUAGCUGACGAGAUCAACACCCGCCAAACAAUCACUAUCCUUGUCCUGAACAAUGCCGCCAUCUCCGCCCUCGCAGCCAAACAUCCCCUCUCCGUCGUCAAGAACGCCCUCAGCCUACACGUCCUCCUCGACUACUACGACCCCACGAAGCUCCACCAAAUCUCCAAGGGCUCCACCCUCUCCACCACCCUCUACCAGACCACCGGCAACGCCCCGGGAAAUCUCGGCUUCGUCAACAUCACCGACCUCCAAGGCGGCAAGGUUGGCUUCGGCUCCGCGGCUCCCGGCUCCAAGCUCGACUCCAGCUACACCAAAUCCGUCAAGCAGAUUCCGUACAACAUCUCAAUUUUGGAAAUCAACGCUCCGAUCAUCGCUCCCGGGAUCUUGACGGCGCCGGCUCCUUCUGCCUCCGACGUCAACAUAACGGCGCUGCUCGAGAAAGCCGGGGCCAAGACUUUCGCGUCACUGAUCAUAUCGAGCGGCGUCAUCAAGACGUACCAAUCGGCGGCGGAGAAAGGCUUGACGAUCUUCGCUCCCAACGACGAGGCGUUUAAGGCGAAGGGCGUGCCGGAUCUGAGCAAGCUCACCAAUGCGGAGGUGGUCUCCAUCUUACAGUUUCAUGCCGUUGCUGGUUACACUCCGAUCGGCACUUUGAAGACCUCCAAGUCUCCGAUUAGCACUCUGGCGACGAACGGAGCCGGGAAGUUCGAUCUGACCACGACGACAGCCGGCGACCAGGUCACGCUUCACACCGGAGUCGACUCCUCCCGAGUGGCCGACACGGUUCUCGACGCGACUCCCCUCGCGAUCUUCACCAUCGACAAUGUGCUUCUUCCACUGGAGCUGUUCGGAAAAUCUCCGUCACCGGCGCCGGGGCUAGUGCCAUCCGCAGCCCCUUCGCCGGCGCCGGUACUCGCUCCGAGUCCCGCUUCCGUUGAAGGGCCAUCGCCUUUGACCGCUUCACCGCCGGCACCGCCAUCGGAGACGCCGGAGGGAGCGCCGUCUGAGGCUCCGUCUGCUGAGUCGGAGAACAGUACCUCGGGUAACGGAGCUGGUCACGUGGCCUCACCUGCAUUGCUGAUGACUGUACUGGUCACUGUCUGUGCCACUGUUAUUUCCUCCGUUGUCUUGUCCUGAACGGUAAUUUCACGCGUCUGUUAAUUUAUUUUGUUUUAUCUUUUUUUUUUUUUUUACUUAAUUAUUUUGUUACUUUGUAGUGGUUUGAGGUUUUAUUGUUAUUAUUUUACUCCGUUGUUACCGGUUAGAGACCAUAGAGGCUUUUUAUUUGUUAAUUUUGUUUUUAUUUAUUGAUAUUUUUAAUUUAUGGGUAUCUGCGGAUUUGAGCAGCUGUGCUGGGAGAAGUAAUCGUGUGUGUCGCGUCUAUUAUUAUUAAUAUGUUCACGAUUGUAAAAUCCAAGCGCAUGGAUUGGUGGAUCUGACAGUGGAAGCCAACAUGCGUCCAUAGUGCUCGUGGCACUGUAUAUUACCAUAGAGGCUUUUUAUUUGUUAAUUUUGUUUUUAUUUAUUGAUAUUUUUAAUUUAUGGGUAUCUGCGGAUUUGAGCAGCUGUGCUGGGAGAAGUAAUCGUGUGUGUCGCGUCUAUUAUUAUUAAUAUGUUCACGAUUGUAAAAUCCAAGCGCAUGGAUUGGUGGAUCUGACAGUGGAAGCCAACAUGCGUCCAUAGUGCUCGUGGCACUGUAUAUUACCAUAGAGGCUUUUUAUUUGUUAAUUUUGUUUUUAUUUAUUGAUAUUUUUAAUUUAUGGGUAUCUGCGGAUUUGAGCAGCUGUGCUGGGAGAAGUAAUCGUGUGUGUCGCGUCUAUUAUUAUUAAUAUGUUCACGAUUGUAAAAUCCAAGCGCAUGGAUUGGUGGAUCUGACAGUGGAAGCCAACAUGCGUCCAUAGUGCUCGUGGCACUGUAUAUUACCAUAGAGGCUUUUUAUUUGUUAAUUUUGUUUUUAUUUAUUGAUAUUUUUAAUUUAUGGGUAU